AUGCCAUCUUUGGCCUUCCUCACGCGUCGCGGAGGGCUGGGAUCGGGGUCGUGUAGAGAGGGUCUUCUUGGAUUCGUCGACGAAUACCCAGACGACAUCGUCUACCCACUACACACACUCGACACGACAAAGACCCUCAAGAAGCUCAAUGUGCUGUGGACCUAUCGCUUCAACGACGUGCUCGAUGCCGACAAGCUGGACGCCUCUCUCACCCGACUUCUCGAGAUCGGUGACUGGAGGAAGGCAGGAGGGAGGUUGAGAACCAGGCUUCACGAUGGUCGGCUGGAGAUCCAUACACCGAGAGACUACUCGGCCAAACGCCCGGCCACGACCUUUACGCGCUCCGACGAGACAGACUGCUGCAUAGCCUGCCACCCGGUAGCGAGCACCUUACCGGAGCAGUCGGACGAGGCCUACGCGCAGCGCUGGAACCAGGACCUCACACGGCUCGCCCUACGACGAGACAUCCCCACCACGCUGCAGGGCUACACGGACCGGGACGUGCCCAUGAUAUCCGUCCACGUGGUGUCGUUCCGCGACGCGACGCUGGUCGGCGUGGCCUGGCCGCACGUGCUGAUGGACGCCGCCGGCCAGCUGGAGCUCAUGAGGGCGUGGUCGCUCGUCCUGGCGGGGAGGGAGGCCGAGGUGGCGCCCGUGCUGGGUGCGCUGACCGACCCCCUCUGGGAGGCGGCUGGGCCCGAGGCGGGCGAGAAGGAGCCCUGCCUGCUGGAGAAGGCGAGGAUGACGCUCCUGGGCGUGGUGCGGCUGGUGAGCAGGCUCGUGUGGACCGAGGUGGUCGAGGUGCCGCCCGAGUACGGCGUCAUCUUCCUGCCCAGACGGUCGGUGUACGAGAUCCAGGCGCGGUGCAUCGCCGACGGGCUCGGACUCGACGUCAACAGCAGCGACGAGUCGGUGACGACGGCCAGCCAGGAGACAAAGGCCUACGUCGGCGUCAACGACGCCGUCACGGCCUGGCUCACCCAGCAGGUCGUACUGUCGCAGGGCACCGCCGCCGCCGCCGCCGCCUCCGCCACCACCACCCGGGGACAGAAGGGACAGAAGCGGGAGCGGCAGCGGCACGUCACCGUCGUGGGCGCCCUGAACGCGAGGUACCGUCUGCCGUCUCUGCUCGACGCCCCGGGCGUGCACGUGCAGAACAUGAUACUCGCCACCUUCACCUUCCUGAGCCCGGGCGUCGCCCGCGGUCCCCUGGGCGGCAUCGCCCAGGCUCACCGUCGCUGUCUGCGCGAGCAGGCAACCCAGCGCCAGGCCCAGAGCUACCUGUGGGACAGGCUGCGGGGGCACGCGUCGGCGAGGGACCUCCGGCCCUUCUUCGGGGACCCGGGCGCCCUGCUCAUCUUCAUCAACAACCUCACCAAGAUGGACAUGUACAACGUUGCAGAUUUCGGCCCGGCAGUCGUGGAGCAGACGACGCAGAAGAGAGGGGGGGAGGUCGGUGGAGCAGUCGAAGCAGGGGACGUGAGGCCCGGAAAGGUGGCCUUUUACAACAUGAGGGCGUACAACACUACGGACAGGGCGGGCAGGAACUUCUUCACCAUAUAUGGAAGAGAUCACGGUGGUGGCUGCUGGAUCGGCGUGCAUCUGGCGCCGAGGACAUGGGAGAGGGUGAAUAAGGCUUUGGAGGAGUUGUGA